GUGCAGACACAGUUAUAUCAGCAUCACAGUGCUUCAGCUGUGUCCCCGCAGCUUAUUUUGCUUGGGCAGCACCUGGAUUAAGCUCUGCUAGCAAAAGCACAUCUUUGUAUAAAUUGCAUCCCCAGAAGGAGGUCUGCGCAAAUCUAUCUCUAGUGUAGAAAUUAGUUGUUGCCACAGGAGGGCUCUGGAUAAAGCUGUGGGAGAGGGCUGCUCUUCCUGCGCUCAGAUCAGGAUAUCAGCAAUUGAGCUUCCGGGGCUGAAGAAUCACAUCUGGUCCAUUCCUGACUGCACUACCCUCCCGGGGCAUGGGGCAGGGACAUGGCUGGAGCAAAGCUCGCUCAGGAGCUGGUGACCUUCGAGGAGGUGGCUGUGUAUUUCACCAAGGAGCAGUGGGCUCUGCUGGUCCCAGGUCAGAGAGCCCUCUACAGGGACGUCAUGCAGGAGAAUUAUGAGUCUGUGGCCUCACUGGGGUUUCCCGUUCCCAAACCCCGCGUGAUCUCCCAGCUGGAAGGAGGGGAGGAGCCGUGGGUCCCAGAUCCCCAGGGCUCUGAGGACAGGGAGGUCCCAAGACGCAGCCACAGAGCUGCCGAGGGGAUGGCGAGGGAGGAGGAGGAGAGGCCGCAACAGGACACCCCUGCGCAGCUGCAGGUGCAGAACCCUGGUCAGGGAGCAGCUUGUUUGACUGAGGGCAGUUCGGGAAGGCAGCAGAGAAACUCACCCUCGGAGUUGGAGUGUGAGCCAGGUUCUGGGCUGCACCCCACCUGGGGCCCAUCCCCUCCCUUUGGCGGAGCUGUGGAGAGUCGGGGCCAGGCCAGGGAGCGGCCCAAUGUGUGCAGCGAGUGCGGGAAAGGCUUCCGGCGUGGCUCAGACCUCAGCAAGCACCGCCGGUCCCACGGCGAGCGUCCCCACCAGUGCCCCGAGUGCGGGAAAGGCUUCCCUGUCCGCUCAGCCCUGGCCACCCACCGGCGCAUCCACACAGGGGAGCGCCCCUAUGCCUGCGACGCAUGCGGGAAGCGCUUUGGCCAGAGCUCCCACCUCAUGCAGCACCUGCGCUCCCACACAGGGGAGAAGCCCCACCGGUGCCCCGAGUGUGGGAAGAGCUUCCGAGAGGGCUCCACGCUGGCCCGGCACCGCCGCACCCACCGCCAGGAGAAGCCCCAUACCUGCCCCCACUGCGGGAAGGGUUUCCAUGAGCGGUCCAACUUCGCCCGGCACCAGCGCACCCAUGCCGGAGAGCUACUCUCUGCCCCAGAGGAGGAGGGGAAGUCCUUCAUCUGCCCCGAGUGCGGGAAGGGCUUUGGCCGCAAUGCCUACCUGACUCUGCACCGGCGCGUGCACACAGGGGAGAGGCCCUACGCCUGCACCGACUGCGGGAAGAGCUUCAGCGCCAGCUCCAACCUGACCCGGCACCAGCGCAUCCACACGGGCGAGAGGCCCUACCCCUGUGCCCGCUGCGGGAAACGCUUCUCCCAAAGCUCCACCCUCUUUGUGCACCUGCGCACCCAUACCGGGGAGGCACCCUACCGCUGCGCUGUGUGCGGGAGGGGCUUUAGCCAGAACUCCACCCUCCUGGCGCACCAGCGCACCCAUAGGGGUGAGAAACCCUGCCGCCAGCCCCCAGGAGCCUGUGCCAGGGACGGGCCCUACCUGGGCAAGUGCUGUGCCAGUGACCCGCUGCUCCAGAGGCACCAGGAGGCGCACCUGUGAUGGGGGACCUGUCCCCACUCAGAGGCAUGGUAGAGCGCAGCCCUGAGGAAUAGCCCAGGGUCAGGGCCCUGCCUGGGGAUAGGAGACCCAAACUCAGUUUCUUGCUCUUCCAUAAAUCACUUGGGCCCAGAUUGUCAAAGGUAUUUAGGCUCCUGACUCUUAUUGAUUUAAAUGGACUUUAGGGCCAGAUUUUAAAGGUAUUUGGGUGCUUAAAGAUGCCUAAAAAUUCAGUUCCAAAAGGGAACCAAAAAAAGUAGAAAUUUCCCAUGCAACAAAAUUCCAUCAUCUUCUGGCUGUGACUUUAUAUGUUUUUAUUUAUUUAUAUAUAAUAUAUACACACACACACACACACACACACACACACACACAUUCUUAUAUAAUACUAUGUAUAUAUAUAUACACAUACACACACACACAUUCUUAUAUAACUUAAAUAAUUUUUUCACUUCAAGGUCCAAGGUUUUCAUCUCAAGGCCAAAAGACCAAAAACAUCAAGACAGUUGAUCAUGGCCUUGGAUAGGCCAAGAGACUACUUACACUUGAUCUUAUACUACACACACACACGUAUACUAUAUAUAUACUAUAUGUAUUAUGCAAUAUAUAUUUUUUUAAUUGAAACAAAAAAUCAUUUUAAAAGGAAAAUCAAAAUGGUCCCUCCCCAAAAGGUAGAAAUAGAACCUUUCCGCCUUCUAGGCAUGUUUCCGUUUCAUUUUAUUUUUCCUCAAUGAAAUUUCAUCAGAACUAAUCCAUUUCUCCUAUUUUGACAGAAUGCCCCUUCCAACAGAGAACCAUUCCCUCAGAAUGUUUUUGGCUAGCUCUAGUGCUUAACCUCCUC